AUGGUGGAUGGCCUGCACCUGUUCUUCGACGAGCGGAUGAUCCGCACCCGCUUGCCGGCUCCCAAAGCCAACUUCGCCAGUGGUCGUCCCACGGAGACGAGCUUUCUUCCCGAUAUGAUUCGGGUCAUCGACCUCGACUGGCCAGAAACGGAGCUGUCGCCCCUCAAAGAGACCGUCAUCGUGGCGACGAUCUGCGGACAGGUCCUAGAACACAAACAGAGACCUCCCUCGAGAACCCGCGAUUCCACUGCAACCACCUAUGACUUCUGCCGUCGACACCGUUCGCUGAAUGCACUAUUAGCGCAGCGCAUAAAGAUGCUGCGCCUGCACGCGUCAUUCGAGCAUCUCAACCCGGUCUUCACCCUCACGGCCCUGGCGACAUAUAUCGCCGUGCUGACGCUCUACAACGGGAUCCAAUCGCAGCCCUUGGGGACCGAGGCACAAGCAAUGCAGCUCACCAAGGCGCUUCACUCCGAGCACCAGCAGCAAUCACUGGACGCCGUCGCCGAUGUAGCGCUCCUGGUCACUGCACUCGGCCAGCACUUUCAGGUAAAGCAUCCCCGGCCAUACGAUCCUUGUUGUGCGCCUUGCGAGCCCACCCGCACGAAAUGA